AUGUCCGACACCGAGAGCGUCGACUACCUCCAGCCGGGCUUCGACCCCGCCAGCCUCACGAACCCCCGCCUACGCUCUAUCCUCGUCACCUACAACGUCAACUAUCCGUCCAACGCCAAAAAACCCGAACUCGUCGAGCUCUUUAACGCCAAUGUCGCGCCUCAGGCCAGCAAGAUCCUCGCCCGCCGGGCUCGCGCCAAGCGCUCCAGCAUGGGUAUCGUCGACGCCCAGACGUCCGCGUCCUACAGCCAGAGCACAACGGCCUUUGGCGACUCUUUUGACCAGGAGCCACCUCAGCAGUUGUCGCCCAAGAAGCGCCGUGGUCGGCCGUCGUCCCACGCUGCCACGCCACACAUUGACGAGCACGACGAGGACGAGGCGGAGGAUGCCCAGCGCCGUCAGCGCCGCAGCAGCCCGCGCAAGCGCUCCUCGCGCCAGAGUAGCUUCCAGCCGCCCGAGUCGACAGCUUCGUACUCGGUGGCCGGUGCCUCUGAUACCGACACGGGCCCUGAGGCUCGCACGGGCGUUGCUGCCGGUCGCCCGCCCUCCCGGCGUGCCCGCACAAAGACUCCUCAGGUCAAGCUGGAGCCUACUGAGGAGGAGCAAUUCUUGGCCACUCCUGCGGUGGUAGCAACUGGCCGUAACGCGCACCUGAGCUCCGCCGAUGAGAACAACAACACCGUCUUUACCUACGACAACCCCUUCCAGAGCGGCAGCUCGCCGCUCUCGGGCUCCUCGCCCGCCCAGCGCCGGCGCACCACUAACUAUGACGAGACGGCCUCGCACAAACACACGUCGACGAGCACGUCCGGGCGCGUUCCAUCGUCGUCACGGAAGUCCCGUGUCGUGUCCUCGCCGGCUGCACAGCCGGCCUACGACUCUCCACCCAUCCGUGCUGUUGCACAACGGCGCAACUCGCCUUUUGCCAAGGCGGUAUCACAGUCACCCGAGCCCGAGGAGGAAGAGGAACAGUCUGACGAGGAGGAUUACGACCCACUUGCGCCCGGCGAGGAGUUUACACCGGAAGAGCAGCUAGAGUUGACACAACAGGAAGAGGUCCAGCGGCGCCAGAACGUCGGAUCCAACCGGCGCUCUGGAAAGGGUAGCAGCAAAGCCGUGACCCGGCGGAGAAGGGGCUUCGUGUCGUCCCUAUCCACACCGCUUCUGGUGCUAUUUCUGACGCUGCUUGGUUUAUAUGGCGGUUGGUACCGCCAAGAGAAGCGCGCUGUCGGCUUCUGCGGCCUCGGCCGCUUGGCUGUCCCACUUCUGUCGGAGCAGAUCGAAAAGCUGGAGUGGCUGCCGGACUGGGUGCGCGACAUCGAAAUCCCAAACAGUCUGCAGGUGUUCAUUGAGCCGACGUGCGAGCCCUGCCCGUCGCAUGCCUUCUGUUACUCGGACUUUACCGUGCGCUGCGAGAACGGCUACAUUGAAAAGCCGCACCCGCUGGCCCUCGGCGGCCUGGUUCCACUGCCGCCCACGUGCGAGCCCGACGGCGAACGAGCCCGUCGCGUCAAGGCCGUCGCUGACAAGGCCAUCGAGGAGCUGCGUGACCGUCGCGCCAAGUGGGAGUGCGGCGACCUCGUCGACGACGAGGGUCAGGUACCCGAGGAUCCGGCCAUCGACGUGCCUGUUCUCAAGGAAGUUAUCAGCGAGAAGCGCAGCAAGAAGAUGAGCAAAGAGGAGUUUGACGACCUGUGGACCGCCGCCAUUGGCGACAUCGAGUCCCGCGACGAGGUCGAGUCCGAGCCGGAUUCCAACUACGCCGCCACAGAUCCCGGAACAGUUCCAAACACCCGCCUAUCGUCCACCUCGCUCGCUCGCCUUCCGCUCACCUGCGCCGUCCGCCGGUCCAUCCGACUCGGCCUCGCAAGACAUCGACUCUCUCUUUCAGUUUUAAUCCUAUCCCUCUUUGGCGUCGCCUACCUCCGCCACCAGAUCAGGGCCCGCCGUGCAGACCGCGCCCGCGUACCCGCGCUGGUGGAUAUUGUGCUGGAGCGGCUCGCGGCCCAGAAGGAAUUGUGGCUGUAUGAGGACGACUUUGAAGGCGGCGGCGGCGGUGGCGGCGGCGGUGCUGGCUCGGGACAGAGCGAAGACGCGGACGACAGCAGCUUCUUGCCCGACCCCUUUUUGUUCCUGCCUCAGCUGCGCGACGAUGUCUUGCGGGCGACGCACUCGCUAUCGGCGCGUGAACGCAUUUGGAAGCACGUGCGUGCCGUCGUUGAGCAGAACAGCAACGUACGCACAGGCCAGCGCGAGGGCCGAAACGGCGAGGUGGGCCGUGCGUGGGAGUGGAUUGGACCUGUUGGCACCGCCUCGAGCGUGAUUGCCAACGGCAGCAGUGCUGCUUUGAAUCCCUUGGAGAUGAGCGCUGUUCGUCGGCGGCGCAGCGGCCGGGCGUCGUUGAUGCCGACUGGCAGUGGUGCCACCUCCAGGGCUGGGUCGGCGGCACCGAGAGAUAGCAUCGGUGCCAGCCGGCCUGGUGAUGUGUCGGAUGCCUCGACUGGUGAGGCACAGCAGCCGCAAAAGGAUGGUCCGGCAGGAAACGAGCAUCGGUCUGCCCUGCACAAACGGUGGCAGGAGUCGCGACCAUUCUACUGA